ACAGGCUUCUCUCCUUUAAAAAUUAAAAUUUUUAUACUGCAGGAAGAUAUGGACCAUUUUGGAGAUGUUGGCUCCUUAGACGAUAAUGUGGAAUCCUUUCUCUCACCUGAUGAUGGAGAUGGAAGGGAUUUGUUUGGCUCAUUAAAACGAAACCCUUCUGAGCAUGCUGCUGAAACUUCCAAGGGUUUCAGCUUUGGUGAAGUGGGUUCAAUACGUAAAAGCAAUAGCAAAGUUAUUUGCUGUCAUUUCUCUUCAGAUGGGAAGUUAUUGGCUAGUGCUGGACAUGACAAGAAGGUUGUUAUUUGGAACAUGGAAACGCUGCAAACUGAAUGUACUCCAGAAGAACAUUCUCAUAUAAUUACAGAUGUUUGCUUCAGACCACAUUCAACUCAGCUGGCCACAUCAUCAUUUGACAAAAGUGUGCGUGUUUGGGAUGCUUCAGAGCCAAGCUAUAGCAUACGGACAUAUGCAGGUCAUACAUCACCUGUAAUGUCCCUUGAUUUUCACCCUAAGAAAAGUGAACUGUUCUGCUCUUGUGAUGGUAACAAUGAGAUUCGCUUCUGGAACAUCAAUCAAUAUUCUUGUGCCCGUGUUUCAAAGGGAGGUAGCUCACAAGUUAGAUUUCAGCCAAGAAUAGGACACUUGCUGGCUGCAGCUUCAGAGAAUGUUGUAUCGAUCUUCGAUGUUGAGACGGAUAGGCGGACACUCCUGCUACAGGGGCAUCCCACUGAAGUUCACUCUGUUUGUUGGGAUACAAAUGGAGAUUAUUUGGCGUCUGUUAGUCAAGAGUCUGUAAAAGUAUGGUCACUGGCUUCAGGAGAGUGCAUUCAUGAACUCAGUUCUAGUGGAAACAAGUUCCACUCUUGUGUUUUUCAUCCAAGCUAUUCUACUCUCUUGGUCAUUGGUGGCUAUCAGUCUCUGGAGCUGUGGAACAUGGCUGAGAAUAAGUGCAUGACAAUUGCAGCUCAUGAAUGUGUAAUAUCGGCCUUGGCGCAGUCACCACAAACUGGUAUGGUUGCCUCUGCUAGUCAUGACAAAUCUGUGAAGAUCUGGAAAUAACUUGCUGCCUUCCUGUGGUUCAUUGCACUGGUAUCCAGUCUUCGGGCUACUUUCAGGAAGAAUACCUAAAUACUGAAACCCAAUAUCUGAUCAUUAUGCAUUUUUUUUUGGGCUUUCCUUAAUAAGGGGAAGAGGAGGUUCCCUUGGUAUUAGGUGGUUGUGGUGUUGUUUUGUGUUCUUUUUAAAAUGUUUUCGUUUUUUUGGGUGAUCGAGACAUUUAUGCAAACCGAGUUGAUAUUGAGAUACUCUUUACUUUGUCUGGGCGUCUUGGGAUUUUGAUGCAGCUAGAAAUGAAUUAAACAUUUGUAUA